AUGCCAGAUCUAUACUUUCUAAUAAGAUGGUUAUGUAAAGCAAUUGUUAGCUCCCUGUUUGGAGAUGUGAACGUGAUAAACCCAGAAAAUGUGCCUCUGUACGGAUCAGUUAUAUUUGUGGGCAACCACAAUAAUCAGUUCAUUGACGCAUGCGUGUUAGUAGCAAACAUUCCAAGGCAAGUCAAAUUUAUUGUGGCGGAGAAGUCUAUGAGGAGAGCUGUGAUAGGGAAGCUAGCCAGUAUUAUUGGAUGCAUAAGCGUAAAGAGACCAGAAGAUUUAAAAUUUAAAGGAAUAGGACAUGUAUGUUGGGUUAAAGGGGACAACAAAAUCAAAGGAAUAAACACCAGAUUUAAGUUAGAUGUACAAAUAGGGGAUAAAUUACUAACACAAAAUAAAGUUUUUUCAGUUACGAAAAUUGAAUCGGAAACAGAGCUGAUUAUACAAGAUGCUAUAAACAUAGAAUGUGAAGAUAAAAAAAAUGGAGUUCCUUUUAAAAUUAUUCCCAAAAUUAAUCAAACAGAAGUUUACAAUUUAGUUACGAGUAGCUUAAAAAAUGGAGAUACCAUUGGGAUUUUCCCAGAGGGGGGUUCGCACGAUAGAACAAAUUUGUUGCCAUUGAAACCUGGAGUUGCUAUCAUGACGUUAUGUGCAUUAGCCGAUGGGGUAGAAGAUGUGUCCAUCAUUCCUGUAGGGUUGUCGUACUCGAAACUGUACCAGUUGCAAGGUUGUGUUACUCUAUUUUAUGGAAAUGCAAUAAUUGUUUCGCAGGAUCAUUGUAAAGAUUAUAAUAAUAACCAUAGGGAAACCAUAUCCAAAGUUCUCAGCAAAAUUGAGGAAGGAAUGCGAAGUUGUAUGUUGACCUCGAAAGAUCACGAAACAAGCAGAUGCAUAGAACUUUGUGUCAGUCUGUACACUCCCGAACGAAUGACAAUAUCGAAAAAUAAAAUUUACAAUAAUUUACAGCUCUUUUGUAAAAUGUUUUGGAAAUUUGGAAAUUCAAAAGAAAUUGAAAAUUUAAGUUAUGAAUUGAAAUGCUAUGAGAAAUUCUUGCAAGCAAAUAAAAUCAAAGAUGAUGAAGUAUGGAUGCUUAAACAGUCGACUUCUGCAGCUACGUUAAAAUUCAUUGAGCAUAUUUGUAGUUUAAUUUUUUGUGUAAUUUUUGGUAUGACUUUUUCACUCUUAUGGCUACCCCUUGUUGCUAUUUCCAUUUAUCUGGCAGAAAAACAUAGAGAAUCUGCAUUGAAAAAUAGUACGGUAAAAAUUCAAGGUUGUGAUGUGGUGGCUAGCUACAAGGUCUUAGUCCUACUAGUUUUAUUACCAACUUUUAACAUAAUGUAUGGGUUAGUAUUUAGUUUAUAUCUCUAUCAGUCAUGGUUAAAAAGAAUUGCAUUUGUAAUUUUAAGCAUGUGUAUAUUGCCCAUUUGUUACUAUAUUAAUUUAAAUUAUUCUGCUCAAAUUCCUAGUCUCUUAAGACAAAUGAAAAUACUUUUAAAGGUCAUUUGUGGCAAGAUAAAUGUCUGGAGAGAUAACGAACGGGAACUUAUAAGCACAAGACAUGAACUGCAACUGAAGGUUCGUGCCUUGGUGUCAAAUUUAGGUCCAAAAGUGUCUGAUGAUUUUCUCGAGCAGCUCUACCGAAACAUCCCGAAAUUUGUUGUUGAUGCGGACACCAAGCGGCUUAUUCGGGGCAAAGACGAGUGGGUACCUAUUCUUCAGCGUUCUCAGUUGGAAUACAAGGAGGAGAUUCUCUAG